UGCCGUAAUGCAGGCUAAAGCUCAAUUAGUUGGAAUCCGUGAGAGAGUAAGCAGUGAUGCUGGGAAUAAUAUCAUCAAUGCAUCAUCAACUCAAUCUAAGGUUUCUUCAAACGCAAUUGGAGGAUCUGUUAAACGUGUGGCAACUGCAACUAAUCCAAACGCAGAAGAUGCUGCAGACCUUUUGAGGAUGUGUCUGCAAUGCGGAAUACCUAAAACAUUCUCUAACGCACGAGGGAUGGUAUGCCCUGUGUGUGGCGACCGUCCUGUUGCAGAGACAGAUGAAUUCUCAAAGAAGAAAGGGUCUAUGAUUAAAGACAAGGAAAAGAACAAACGUAUGAAGGGUCAGUCAUCGCAUGCUACGUGGAAAAGCGAAACGGAGAUGCAGCUUCGACAACAGUUUGAUUAACGGAAAAUCGUCUUUGUGGUGUAUAAUCUUCUUCUACUCUAUAAAGGAGGGAGGGGUAUUUAUGGGUUUAGAAGUUGUUCAACCUUUUUAUUUUUCUAUCAGGAGUUUGCUGGAUAUAUUAUUCAAUCAGCAAAGCAGUGACAUCAUUUUUCUUUCAUUCAA